GUUCUGACAAGCCAGCUAGAAAGUUCAGAGGAGAAUGGAUUAUUAUCAUGGGUUGAAGAUCAAUCAGAGCUUUCCCAAAAGAGACUUUUAAGAAAGAGAGGGAAAAUAUGUUCAAACGCAUGCAAAAAAUGUGAUGGAGACUCUGAAACCAAAAAGGCUUGUACAAAUUGCAUUGAUCGUAAAAGGGAGUGUAGGUUUUCAAACGUCCGUCGAAAACCAAAACCAAAUGUUCAAAACAUUGAGCAACUAAUAAGCAGAAUGGAAAUAAUUGAAAACGAAUUGAAAAAAUUGAUUGAAGAAAUUUCCCUUAUUAAGCAUAUAAAAAAUAUAUUUUUCCAAAUGAUUAAUCCGUCAAUGACAAAUGAACAAGUAAUUGAACUGAGAAAAAGACUUAUUGAAGAAUUAAAAAAAGAACCAGAAAACCAAGAAUUAUUUGAAGAUAAUAUUAGUAUUGAAACAUCUUCACCAA